AUGAAAUUCCAUGUCGUUUUCUGUGCUGUAGCAGCACUAGUCCUCCUUGGUUUUUUAAAUGCUUUGAUGGAUUCAAAAGUAGAGGCGACUCUUGGUUUGGAUCUUUCCUAUUUUCAAGGAGAUGUUCCACAAAGUAGUUGGAAUUGUUUGAAACAAAAUGGUAGAGAGUUUGCAAUUAUUCAAGCUCAGACUCAAUCUGGACAUGUCAAUCCAUAUAUUGUGAAUGAUAUCAAUCGUGCAAAGGCUGCUGGAAUUAAAUAUGUGGAUAUUUACAUCUUUCCGAAUGUGAAUAUGGAUCCUGCAGAGCAAGUGAGAAAUACUGUGAGUUUUAUCAAGCAAAAUGGAGGAACCUUUGGUCAGAUUUGGAUUGAUGUUGAGGGACCUCAAUACUGGUCUAGCAGUUGUAAUAACAAUGUUGCAUUCAUUUCCAAGAUGGUCAAUGCUGGUCAUGCUGCUGGUUAUCCAACUCAUAUUUAUACUUCAAAUUCUCAAUGGCAACCAAUUACUUGUGGAAGCACUGCAUUCUCACAUUUGCAAUUGUGGUAUGCUCACUAUGAUGGUAGAGCAUCUUUUGAUGAUUUUUAUGCAUUUGGUAAGUGGUUGUGA